GUCAGUCUGUGCAAAAUAUGGCGGAAGCGGUGGAAAUUGUCAACCACCGAAUGUUUAUUAUUUUUUAAAAACACAUAGGUACUAAAUUAUAACGAAAAUGUCUUCAACGGAGCCCUCGCAGAAUAAAACAUGGGAGCUAUCCCUUUACGAGCUCCACCGUACCCCACAAGAGGUGAUUACGGAUGCCACCGAAAUAGCUGUAUCCCCACGUAGCUUGCACAGUGAACUGAUGUGUCCAAUUUGUUUGGAUAUGCUAAAGAAGACUAUGACAACAAAGGAGUGCUUGCACAGAUUCUGCUCGGAUUGCAUAAUAACAGCUCUGCGAUCUGGCAAUAAAGAAUGCCCGACGUGUCGCAAGAAACUCGUUUCAAAGAGAUCCUUGCGUCCCGAUCCUAACUUCGAUCUGCUUAUAUCUAAGAUUUACCCCAGCCGGGAUGAAUACGAGGCCCACCAGGAGCGGGUGCUUGCGAAGAUAAAUAUGUCUCACUCUCAAGCGUCUUUAGUGAAUUCCAUUACGGAAGGCAUAAAGCUACAAUCGCAAAAUAGACCUCAAAGGGCUCGAAAAAAUAUUGAGGAGAAUAGUAACCCACCCACUACGAACGGUAACCCGGAACCUGUGGUGCAGAAUGGUAGUAAUGGUAGUACAUCAGUUCCAAAGGAUCCUCCAUCAUCUGCAAGUAACCCAGCGCCGCCCGCUCAGUUAACCUCUAACCCUGCUUCAGUUAGGAGUACACCAUCCCCUGUCCCAUCAAAUAUUAGUUCCAUCUCUAAAAACACAAGCACUACUAAAAGAGCAAAGUCUAUUAUGACUUCAGAACAUAGUGAGGAGAGUGAAUCUAGUGAAGGCAGAACUGAAGGUGAGAACUCAAUGGACACGGAAGGCGAGGGGGAGCCACUAAACCCCAAUGAGAUAGAACUAGUGUUCAAACCACAUCCGACAGAAAUGACAGGAGAUAACCAGCUAAUGAGAGCUCUGAGAGACAGCUCUGUUCGAUACUUAAAAACCACUGCUAAUGCUUCAGUCGACCACCUCAGCAAGUACCUAGCAAUGCGUCUCACGCUAGACCUAGACGCGGAAUUACCUGAAGCUUACCGUUUACUCAACUUCUGCAUUUACGUGGCGCCGACUCCAGGACAGUUCGUACCGCUAGCUGGUUCACAAACCUUGAGGCAGAUAAACGAUAAGUUCUGGAAGGUAACUUAUGUGAACAAACCGCUGGAGAUGUACUACUCUUGGAAGAAAACCUAGUAGUUAAACAUUUUGCGUUACCGUUUUCACAUUAGCCGGUAACGAUACCGACAUAUAGACCAUAUGUCGGUAUCGUAGAUAGACCAAACGUCCACUUCACAGCACAAGAACACACUACUUCGACGGUGUAUCGUGACGAUAUCUUGCGCCAACAAUGGAUUUGAUCCCGGAGGCCAAAACUGGUUUGAUCUGGUCUAGAGGGCGGCCUCGGCCGUGACUUCGUUACCAACCUACAGACAGACGUGUCGCCAAGUUAUUUUGCUUUCCGGUUCGACGCCACUUAGAAACCGAUUAAGCGUUUUGGUUCAAUAUUACCGCUAUACUUCGCAUAGAAAUCCUGGUGGUGGAGAUUGCUUUCGACGCGACGUUUGUCUUUAGACACGAUUUCUAUCACAGGCAACCGACAAUGCAGUCGAUCUGAAACAGUGUUACCUACCACCGAUAGAGCCAAAAUAACGGCGCUCGGUUUAUCGUAUGGCAGGCAUAGACACGAGCGUGCAGUUCAUAAAUGCACAAAAGCACUGCCUAACCUAACGUUUAUAUAUAACUCGUUGAAGAGGAUUUUCGAUUUUUAAACCAUCUCUCUGCUCUAUGCCUAGGUUUAAACCUUGUGCUUGUUAAUGACUGCAGAUGACCAUGCAAAUAGAUGGAUCGCUGAUUCAGCCAAAUAUCGGUUGCAGUGGACACAUUUAUCGGACGGACGAGUUUAUCUGUCAGUCGAUUUCGGAUCGGAUCCGUAUCGGCUAAUGUGAAAAUGCCCACACUCAUAUUAAAAUGGUACGAAUGCUGUAAUUGUUAAUUUUAAGGAAAUUAUACUUUAAUAUUAUAAAAUGUAAAAAUGAGCAGUGCAUUCUUUUUUCAUUAUGUGAUAAUUAAUAAUGUAUAAAUGUUUUUUUUUUAAUUAUUAAUUCUUAAUAAGGAUAAUAAUGAUUUUAAAAUGUAUUUAUGAAAUAAUUUUUAUGUUGCAACCGUAAACCCAUCUGUUGGAAUAUGUAAAUUUAAUUAAUCCAACGAUUUUAAUAUAAUUAUUGAAACAUUAUUAAACAAAGAACGGUAUUUUAAACAAAUGUGUUGUCCUCAAUAGUCUACAAAAUAUUUUGUAGCAUAAUUUAGCUGCGCUUUAUAAAUUUUGCCAGAAAUGUAAUUUAGAUCGAUUUUAUUCAGUUGUUUAGACAUUGGCCAAAUAAUAGCCGAUAUAUCGGUUUAUGAAUACAUAUAUAUACAUAAACAUAAAAAGUUUAAUACGCCAAACACCGGCUUUAAUUACGUCUAACCAAAUACAAAUAACUAGCUGUGCAUAAAACCUAAAAAAAACAUUUGAAAUAGAAUCUGUAAUAUUUUAAACAAUGAAUGGAACCUAUUUUGUUUCUUAAUUAAUAAUUCUUAAAGGGAUAAAAUUUGUAAAUUUGAAUGAAUCUAACAAUUUUGUAAUAAUAAUUGAUAAAUUGAAAUGUUUCUAUACAGAAAACGGUUUUUUGAAAAAUAUGAUGCCCUCAAUCUACAAUUCUACUAAUAUAUUGCAGUAGCGGUUUAGCCAUUGGCAAUAAUAGUUGAUAAAAUAUAUAUCAAUAGUUAAAUACGCCACAUAACGGCUUUUUAUUGCGUCUGACCGAAGAAUAGCCCACCAAGCUGCAUCAGAGCAGCGUGGUGAGUAUGCUUUAAACCCGUCUCUACUAUGAGAGACGAAGGCUGUUCCCAGCAGUGGGAUAUGAAUAGGCUGCGGAUGAUGAUGAUAAUGAACCGAACAAUAACUUAAAUUUGUAAUGUUUUAAACAAUGAAUAAAACCUAUUUUACAUUGUUAUAUAAUUUUAACAUUGAAUUUUUUAUGAUCUAUUUCAUCGCUGACCAUUAUAUUAUUUUCGCCAACCGGUUGUAUUCAAUUGAAUAUGUAUUUUAUAUUAAGGAGAGUGUACAAGAAUUGUGCAAUUAUUAUUAAAGUACUUUUAACCUAAAUA